AUGAAAGAUUCAUGGGGACCUUUAAAAUCUCGAGCAGUUGUAAGUGUCAUCCAUGGUGUUGAUGAUGUAAUCCUCUACUUAUACUUAGGCUAUGGUAUUGCUGGAGCAACAUGGGCAACAACGGUUUCACAAGUUGUUGUAGGAUUUAUGAUGAUUGAAGCUUUGAAAGACAAAGGGUAUAAUGGUUACGUCAUUGCUGUCCCUUCACCUACUGAACUUUUUCAAAUAUUCAAACUUAUUGCUGCUGUCUUUAUAAUGAUGAUGUCAAAGGUCGAAUUUUGUUCUUUACUUGUGUACUUUGCUACAUCAAUGGGAACACAAACUGUUGUUGAACAUCAGGUCCUUGUCCAAGUAUACUGCAUGUUUGCAGUAGGGGCUGAGCAUCUUUCACAAACUGCACAAUCAUUUAUGCCAAAGCUUAUUUAUGGCGCUAAAAGAAGUCUCUCAAAGGAACGAAUGAUGUUGAAGUUGUUGGUGAUAAUAGGUGCAUCAUGUGGGUUAAUAUUAGGUGCUACUGGAACAAUUGUUCCCUGGUUAUUCUCCCAGAUUUUUUCACCUGAUCCUCAUGUCAUAAAGGAGGCCAGUGAUGAUAAUACUGCUGCACAAGGCCCAUUUCAAGGUGCUGAUAAUACUACUGCACAAGGCCCAUUUCUUGUAACAGGGGGGACACCUUUAAUGGAACUGAUGAUUGAUGCUGGAAAGGCUGUUCCUAUUUUACAGUUGGAACAUGGAGUAGCUGUUGUUAGAGUGUAUACAGGGUCAUUCAUGACUUCUCUUGAUAUGGCAGGGUUUUCAAUAUCUAUAAUGAAGGCAGAGCAAACAAUUCUGCAACGUCUGGAUGUUGCAACUAAGGCUCUGCAUUGGCCUGUUGGUGUUGAUGGUUGGUAA